AACAAAAAAAAAAAGAAGAAAGAACCAAAUCAUUUUCGUUUGCCGGUUGAGUCGAAUCAAACGAAAAUCUUUCCAACUUUUAUUUCACAUUCCUUUAAUAAAUUUAUAACUGGUAUUAAACAUUACAAAAGAACAAAAUAAAAUAAAAAUGUCUUCCUCAAUUGUAAUACCAACAACAUCAGACUUUGUAAAAGUUAACGUUUCCAAUUCCAAAAACGAUGGCGUUGCUUUCGAAAAGAAAUUCCCAAAAAGUUUAACUAUAGCUGAGCUUAAGGAAAAACUAGAAAUCGUUACUGGAGGCAGUGCCUCAACCAUGCAAAUUGAACUCUACAAUGGAGAUCGGUUAGUUUGUAAAAUCGAAAAUAAUGAUUCUCUGCUUGGUUCGUUUCCAAUUGAAGAGGGAAUGCGAAUGCAUGUUAUAGAUAGUUUCCUCAUUCUUGCCGAUGAAGUUGAAAAGUUCGAAUUAACCGACACACAAUACGAACAGAAGCAAGAUUCUGUGAGGAGUUUCUUGAAAAAGAACCGCCUCGGCAAGUACAAUGAGGAAGAGAUGAAACAAAUUGAAGAAAAACGCAAGCAAGCUGCUGAAGAGGAACAACGUAAAGCUGAUCUUAUCACAGUUGGUUCCAGGUGCAAAGUACAAGUAAAAGGAAACCCAACUCGUCUUGGAACAGUAAUGUACAAAGGUGAGAUUGAUGGUAAAAAAGGAAUUUUCAUUGGAGUGAAAUAUGAUGAACCAUUGGGUAAAAAUGAUGGAUCAGUUGAUGGCAAACGCUAUUUCGAAUGCGAGAAAAAUUAUGGAGGAUUUGUUGUUCCUUCAGGAGUUGAGAUUGGAGAUUUUCCACCUGAAGACACUGAAUUGGAUGAAAUCUAAAUGCAUUCACGCUCACAUAUCCAUUUGUGGAAAUAAUAUAUAUUUUUUUGUAAUUCUUUCCUCCUCGAAUAACAAGAUGCUGGAUCGUUUUAUUUCACG